AUGGAAACAGAACCCGAAGAAGAGUCAGAGGAGGAUCCUAUGGAGGAACCAAUGAAUGUGUUGCCUGGCCUUGGUCCUGAGCCGGCACAAGUGCCCGUCUCGACACAAAACUCGCCCAUGUACAUUGAUAUAUCUUCGGAUAGUUCCAUGGCACUUGAGAGAAGUGAUAGUCCAGUCCUGGUGGAAUCCAUGGCACUUCGCAAGAUUAAGAUCCGACAUUGCGACAUUAUGAAGCAUCGGCGGGGAUAG